ACUCGCUAAAUAUAGCGACAAAGUCGCUAAGUUGGCAACACUGGAUAUGAGUGUCAUUGUUAAUACUGCUGUUACUGCAGGAAAGGUCCAAUGAUAUUAGGACGUUUGAACAGCAGGUGGCGCCACAGCAGCUCAGAUUGAAUCACUGAGCCUCACCUGUGAUCCAUCCUCCUCAUGCAGGUAUGAGAACGAGCUGGCCAUGCGUCAGUCGGUGGAGGCUGACAUCAGCGGGCUCAAGAAGGUCCUGGAUGACCUGACGCUGGCUAAGAGCGACCUGGAGAUGCAGAUCGAGGGCCUGAAGGAGGAGCUAAUCUUCCUGAAGAAGAACCACGAGGAGGAGCUGCUCGCCAUGCGGAAUCAGAUGAGCGGUCAGGUGCACGUGGAGGUGGACGCCGGUCCACAGCAGGACCUCACAAAGGUCAUGGCUGAGAUCAGAGAGCACUACGAGGCCGUCACCGCCAAAAACCAGAGAGAGCUCGAGUCCUGGUUCCAGACCAAG